CUGUUUGCAACCCGCCAUUAAAAAAGGAGGAGAAGAAAAAGAAGAAGAAGAAGAAGAACGGCUGUGCGACACGAACAUGGCAGACUACACGGCUAAACGUGAAACUGGGGAUGGGGCAGAGAGUGAACCAGUAUCUCACAGAGUCAAGAGGACGAAGGCUGACGAUGGUGCUGGUCGGAAAGACGCAGGGAAGGAACCUGAAUGUACAAAUAUCCUGCAGGGGUUCAAAACAUCCAGGGUGCUGAGUGACUCAGCCCGAGAGAAAAACAUCUUCAUCCAUGGAAAGCUUGCAGAUGAAGAGGCUGUGGUCAUCCUGGAGAAGACUCCCAUCAGAGAGGACACCCUGGCUGACCUCCUCUCUGCUUCUGUGCUGAAGCUGGAGAUGAAGAACGACAUCUACAGCACGUACCGAUUACAGGCCCCCCCUCAGUUCAAUGAGAUAAAGACGACAGUGGUCUGUCCAGCUACUGAGAAGCACGUGAAGAAGUACCAGCGGCAGGAGAGUUUCCUGGUGGAGGAGACCGGGGAGGACUAUCAGUCCAUCACGCUGCCCUACCUUCAGCAGCACAACUUCAGUGUGCAGUGGGUCUACAACAUCCUGGAGAAGAAGGCAGAGGCUGACCGGAUCGUCUAUGAAGAUCCUGACCCAAAUGUUGGCUUUGUCCUACUUCCAGAUUUCAAAUGGGACCAGAAACAGGUGGAUGAUUUAUACCUGAUUGCCAUCGCACAUUGCAGAGAUAUUAAGAGCCUCAGAGAUCUGAAGUCAGAGCAUCUUCCACUGCUGAAGAACAUCUUCCAGAAAGGAAAGGAAGCCAUCAUGCAGCGGUACCACAUUCCAGCGAAUAAGCUGAGAGUCUACCUGCACUACCAGCCGUCCUACUACCACCUUCACGUCCACUUCACCAAGCUGGGCUACGAGGCACCUGGCUGCAGCGUGGAGCGGGCCCACCUUCUCUCGGACGUGAUUCAGAACCUCCAGUGUGACCCCCAGUACUACAGAACCCGGACCCUGUACUUUCCCCUCAAAGCUGAGGACGGGCUCCUCAGAGAGUUCAAAGAAACAGGGAGGUUGUAACAGAAGUUCAUAACGCUACAGACAUAAUGCAGUUCAGUCAGUCAUGAUGAUGUGAUGAUGUUUAAAGCUGGUCUGUGCUCGACGUGUUGUCACCUUCAUGUUUCCAUAUUCAGAUUAUAGAGUGAGUUAAAGGAGCGGGGAAAGACUUCUGCUUUGACAUUUUAAUGUUUUUGUAUCUUUUUCUUUUUACGUUUGCUGAAUUUUGCCGACUGAAUAAAGAUAUAACUUUUUUUCUACUCA